CAUGGGGAGGGGGCGAAUUUAUUACACACCGCAAAGAGAUCUUGGUCAGUUAAGAGCUUAUAUUAACCAAAAUGGCCGACAAUGUGGAUCUUGAAGUUGACCCAAGUGUUGAAUUUUUAUAUAAAACUAUGUUACAAAGAGACCCCAGAAAGAGGAGGGUGAAGCCAGUGCAGAAGCACCUAAUUCAGGUGGACUUUGGCGGGGCUGAUGACAGUGAUGACAGUGAUUUUGAAUUGGACAAACACCAUAAAGGUUUUGAUGACUCGGAUGAGGAUGACAAUCAAAAAUCUGAAGAAGAAGAAGAGGAAGAUGAUGAAGAUGGUGAUGGUGAUGAUGAUGAUGAUGAGGAGGAGGAGGAGGAGGACAAGAAAGAGAAGAAAACAGAGGCGAGUGUAGAACCAGACAGUGUCCUUGAGGAAUCUGGCAGCUGUUUGUCUAAAGACGACGCUGAAAGGACGGAAAAGAGUGAAGGAGUAGUGCCCUACAUUCCAUUCAAACACAAACCAAUCAAGGUCACCAUCUGCUGUGUGUGUUUAGGGGACAUCAGUGAGGAGGAUGAUGAGAUUGUGGAGUGUGAUAAUUGUGGAGCAUCCGUUCACGAGGGUUGCUAUGGAAUCAGUGAGAACCAUUCGUCGUGUAGCACUGAGUCAUCAGCCAGUACUGAACCCUGGUUCUGUGAUGCUUGUAAAGCCGGUCUUAAACCAAUCUGUGAAUUAUGUCCAAAUCCUGGAGGUAUAUUCAAAGAAACAGAUGCAGGAAAAUGGGUACACCUUGUGUGUGCACUGUACACCCCUGGGGUCGCCUUUGGAGAUGUAGAUAAACUAAGCCCUGUCACAUUGUUUGAGAUGCCAUACUCACGCUGGGGUGCUAGAGAGUGUUCAUUGUGUGAAGAUGCCAGAUUCAGUAGAACUGGAGUUUGUAUUAGCUGUGAUGCUGGGAUGUGUAGAACAUAUUUCCAUGUCACAUGUGCUCAGAGAGAAGGACUGCUAUCUGAAGCCGCUCCAGAAGAGUGCAUGGACAUUGCUGAUCCAUUUUUUGCUUACUGUAAAAUGCAUGCAGAGAAGGUGAUGUCUCGAGCCAAGAGAAGAAAUUGGCUAGCAAUACAAUCUCAUAUUAGAAAACAUCCAGAGAAAAAAAUUGAGGAUGAAAAGGAAAAAACAAGAUUUGAAAGGAAGUUGAGGAGACACCAGGCAAAAUACCAAAAUGCAAAACACAAAAGACCACCUUCGUGGGUGCCGACACAGAAACUUGUCAGACAUUUAACCUCGAGUCCUGCUGCUGUAAAGAAAAUGUUACGGAAAGCAGAACUUAUGGGCAUUAUAACCCAGUCCCAACAUGUGACCCAUGAAAAACAAGAAAUAAGGAAGAAAUCUUUUAUGGUGCCCUCUUUCUCUGUGGAGUUCAUCACCCAUUUCCUAGAGCGUAACACAAAGAUAGAGAAUAUGAAGACUUGUAUGAAGGAUAUUGUGUCACAGAAUGAAAAACUCCAGGAACAGGAAAAGAUUCUACGCAGGAAGUAUGAUCAGUUGUAUUCUGAUGUGGAGGGACUGAGACACUGCGCCAAUGAAAAAAGAAAAACGGGGGAGAAGUUGUGGAAUCUGCUGAAUGACUUAUCUGACAAGAAGUUUCCUAUCCCUGAAGAUUUUAGAGUUCGGAAGCCAUCCCCGUCUCGAGUGAUCAGUCGUAAGAACAGCGUAACACCAGCUGUGAUACACCAGUGUGCAUUGUGCCAUAAGACCAAUAACCAGCAUUUCCUGGCCCACUGUGACAACUGUAAGGAGUACUACCACCUGGGAUGUCUGGAUCCACCCCUCACACGCAUGCCAAAGAAAACCAAGAUCAUGGGCUGGCAGUGUUCCGAAUGUACUAAAUCCAGCAGUGGGGAAUCAGAAGUAGAAACCAAAGAUCUAGAUGCCCCUCGCAAACUCCGUGAAAAGAUUAAGGAGCCCACAAAGUGGUCUCCUGAUAUGAAAUUCAAAUUUGAAUUUGAAAAGUUGACAAAGUACAAUAUGAAGGCAAAGAAAAGAAAGAAGAAGAAGAAGCCAGGAAAACAGGGAGAGGAAAAUGAUGAAGAAACCAAGCCAAAGAAGCAAAGACAGUCCGUGGGGUCGGCCAAUAAGAAGGCUAAAGUGGACGAGAUUCCAGAGGGCAUGACGUGUGCUGUGUGCAGUAAGCCUGGGGAUAGCUCCGGCAUGGUCAAGUGUGAUGAAUGUAAAUUGUGUUACCACUUUGGAUGCCUGGAUCCACCCAUGAAGAAGACCCCUAAACAGAGGGGUUAUUCCUGGCACUGUGAAGCAUGUGACCCCUCAAACAGCUCAGAAGAAGAUGAAGAGGUAGUGAUCAAUAAACCAGAGGAUGAGUGAUUGUGUGUGAACUGAUGAGACUGUGAAGUUUACAGGGAGACUAUCAUUGUGUUGUCAGUUCAACUAGAACAAGUCAUUAAAGGUUGUGUUCAAAGAGCAUUCAAUCGGUCAGGCUGUUUCUCUGUAACAAUAAAAUUGUAUGAAAAGAAUUGUGAGAAAUUUAAUGCAGGACAUGUUUUUCUUCAAUUUGUUAUUACAGUUAAUCAUUGUUUGGACUCUUGAGAUCAUAAAUAGGGCAUUUACUGAAAUUAAGGUUUUUUUUUUUUUAAAGAAACAGAUACUUAUUAAAAUGUAGAUUUUUCAUUUAAGUUUUUGUUUCCCAGUGAGAUAGAAACAAUAUUAAGCAGGUUUUUUUCCCCACACAUGCUUAUUCUGGAACUUAUAUGUAAAAAUCAAAUUCAUUAAAACUUACAAAUAAUUUUUUUUUCUAGAUUUCUUUUCAAUAUAUUUAAUAUGAAAGGUAGAUUUAAAAAAAUGAAAGCAUUGUAUGUGUACCCCUUGUAUAUGAACAUUUUGUAUGUUGAGAAAUAAAUUGCAGAUACUCUAAAUUUACAAAAUUUAUUUCUUUUGUUACAUUUAUACAAAUUAAAUAAUGAGUAUCCCUGAAUAUCCCUUGUUUAUAAAUUCAGCAGUGAUACUGUGUCAGAUGAUUAAUAUUAAAAUUAUAUACAAGUAUGCCCGGUAAUAAUAAAAACUUUAUAUACAGAUA